UCAUAACACACACUCUCUCAUACACACCAUGAACACUGCUGGAUCUGUCGCUUACGGCUGGGGUGUCCUCGUAGUUGCUGCUGGGGUCAGCUUCUAUUGGGCAAAGAAGGAGAUCGAUGGACGCCGUCGGGACGCACAGCUCAAGGGCACAAGGUCUCUAGAGAAACUCACUUGGGAGGAGCGUAUUGCCAAAGAUGAAGCAGCCAAAUCCAAAGUCGUUGAUGCGCUGAAACAGACAAGUGACAAAACAGCAGGAGGAGCGCCGCCAUAGCACUGUUCAAUACUUCUUAUGCUACAAGCUAUGCUACAGUACA